AUGACGUCCAACCAGCUGAGCCGCACCGCUGACGCUGAGGCCAGCGUUGUCGUGGCCGAUGAAGCCAGGACAGACGUGGACACUUUGCAGGUGCUAGGGCGCUGGCCCAGCCGCUUGCACAGCCGCUCCUUCAGGGCCACGUGCGCCUUGAGCCCCAGCCACCCCGUGUCUGCAGCAACGCUGCCACGCCCGUGCUGUUUCUUUCACGUCAUGAGAUACAGACAGGAGGACCCGGAGAACCCGCGGCACGGCCGGUUCAUCCUCUGCAAGUGACUGGCAUUUGUUGAUAUGGCAAUCGGGUGGCUUGGACAAGGACCGGGGGCGUGUGGGAUGCCAUAUACUGGCAAGGACUUUGACAAGGCCAGCUACCAGGUGUUCUGCUGCUUAAGAGAUGGUGAGUCUCGGGGGCCCCAUCUGGGGGCACUGGCCCUCAGUUCCCACUACAGUCUGGAUAAUCUCAUAGCCAUCUUUGACGUGAACAACCUGGGCUACAGAAGCGUCUUGACCACUGAGAAAGUGGACACCUAUUGGAAGCGCUGUGAAGUCUUUGAGUAGAAUGCUUACGUGAUGAAUGGCCACGACAUUGAGACGCUGCAGGAGAUAUUCUGGCAAGCCACUCAAGUGAAUAACAAGCCCACUAUUGUAACUGCCAAGACCUUCAAAGGCUGGGAUAUUCCAAGCACUGAGGAUGCAGAUAAUCAUCAUGGAAAGCUGUUGCCAACAGAAAGAGCAGCUGCAAUUAUCAAAUUAACUGAGAGCCAGAUAGAGGGCAACAGGCAUCUCGAACCAAAACCCUGUGUUGGAGACUCGCCUCGAAUCAACAUCACAGACGUAGAGAUGACCUCUCCACCGUCUUGCUAAGUCAGUGACAAGGUAAAUGCUCGAAAAGCACGUGGUUUGGCUCUGGCCAAGCUGGGCUGUGAAAAUCAUGCAGUCCUUGUGCUGGGCGGCGGCAGCAAGAACUCCGCCUUCUCUGAGAUGUUCAGGAAAAAGCACCCUGAGUGCUUCAGCAAGUGUUUUCCUGCCGAGCAGUGCACGGUGAUCGUGGCACUGGGAUGCACCACCCGUGGUUGGACCGUUGCUUCUGCCAGCACCUUCGCUGCCUUUUUGACCCAAGCACUUCAUCGGAUCCGGACGGGAGACAUCUUUCGAAGCAAACUUAUUGGGUCCCACGGCAGGGUUUCCGUUGAUGAAGAUCGCCCCUCCCAGGUGGCCCUGGAGGAAGUGGCCAUGUUCAGAGCCAUGCCCAACCGCACCACUUUCUGUCCAAGUGAUGCAGUCUCCACAGAGCAUGCUGUGUUCCUGGCAGCCCAUACCAAGGGCAUGCGCUGCAUUCGGACCAAUCGCCCAGAAACUGACGUUAUUUACACCCCACAAGAAAGUUGUGAGAUUGGACCAGCCAAGGUCAUUCACCACAGCGUCAAUGGCAAGGUCACAGUUAUUGGAGCUGGAGUUACUCAGCAUGAAGUACUGGCAGCAGCUGAUGCUCUUUUCAAACCAGAUAUUUCGAUCCACGUCAUCGACCUGUUUACCGCUAAGCCCCUGGAUGCUGCCACCAUCGUCUCCGAUGCAAAAUGCACAGGUGGCCGCGUUAUCACAGUGGAGGAUCACCGGCCAGAAGGUGACAUCGGGGGAGCUGUCGGUGCAGCUGUUUCCAUGGAGCCUGACCUCCUGGAUCGUUGGCUGGCAGUGCCUCAGAGUAGGAGGUCGAGCGGACUGAUGGGUGUGUUUGGAAUGAGUGCUAAACACGUAGUGGCCGUGAGCUGUAUUUCAACAAACGAAAAUACCUGUUGCUUCACACUUAAACAACUAGCCUCUGCAUUUAUGCUUGUCAACAAACCGAAAUGGGAGCUGGAGCCUGCAACCGCCCGGGGCGUGCAGCACCGCAGCGCCACGCUGCGUCCGGCUGUCCCAGGUGGGCAGCUGACCUGCUGCCGUCCUACCUGCAGCUUCCCGGGCACCAGGGGACUGCAGACGCCCUGGACUUUCAUCCCCCCUCUGGCAGUGCGUGAGCAGCAAUGA